AUGGAACUUGACGACGAAAACAUCCAAGCUCAAAAAAAUAAAUUGGAUGAAAACUUCCAAGGUGAUCCACAUGUGUUCCCAAGAAGCUUGCGGUGUAUAAAAGCAAUGUGGACAAAUAAAGAAGAGAAAAACAUUUUGAGUGCAGAAGCUCAUCUAAAUGAUAGGACAUCCACUGAAACUAAGUUGAAGGAAGGGAAUAACAAUGAUAUUAAUUCCAACAAAAGGGAAAUUGGAAACGCAAACACCAAUUCUCUUGAAAAAAGUUCGACAAUUCGAUUAGACAAAAUCUCUGAUAAAGAAGCCAUUUCGAACAUUGAAAUUCCAACCCAACAAAAAACAAAGAAAAGAAAUGCCUUCAAAACUAUUAGAUCGUAUUUAGAGAAGAACGAUUCUAAGGAGAUGUUGGACAAACAAGAGAAAAAUAUGAUUCGGGAAAUGAACAAUCUACAUACAUCGUGUGGUAACAUUCUUGAUGGAAACUCAGUAUCUGAAAAUGCCAAAAAUAUUGAUGACCAAUGUAUACCAAAAUUUGACCAUUCUAAAGCUUUAGUGACUCUCUUUGAUGAAGAUGGAAUAAAGGAGGUCACCACUGCAGAUGCUAUACAUAAUCAAUUGUCAUCUAAUUUGAAUAAUCUAGAUACUGAGGCAAUAUCUGAUGUUAUCACAAUUAGUAAAAUUGGUAGAUCCUCGACAAUUAAUAAUCCACUCAAACCAGUACUAACUUAUGGUAACCAGACAAAAAUGGUAUCUUUAUUUGUCGGUGAUUUGUGUGCAACAAUUACAGAAACCGAUUUGUACCUGUUUUUUUCCGGCUAUGAAGGAUUAAUAUCUGUCAAAAUCCCAAUGGACACCAUGAGGUUGGUCCCCUUAGGAUAUGGUUAUGUUAACUUUGAUACUCAAGAGCAUGCUGACGUCGCUACUGAAGGUUUGAAUUAUACUAAGUUGGGAGAUUCUGAAAUUCGAAUAAUGCCCUCUUUAAGAGACAAGUUACAAAGAGAGAGCAUUGGUGCAAAUUUGUUCUUUUCAAAUUUAAGUUCCAAAUUGAGUUCCAGGAUACUGUAUGACAGAUUUAAAGUUUUUGGAAAAGUACUAAGUUGUAAAUACAGUUCUGAAAAACAGACAUGUUUCAUUAACUUUUCUGAAAAACUUAGUGCUUACAAAAUUUGUAAACAAUUUAAUCAGUCACAAAUGGAUAAUCGGCUUAUUUCAGUUUCAGUUCACAUUGCUAAGAGAGAGAGAGAAGUUUACAACAGCAAGCUUAAACCUGAUUUUUUCAAUAAUAAUUCCCCCAACACUUUCAGCUAUAAAUUGGACAAAAUAAGCAAAAGCUUCAAGUCAACCACUCUGACGCAAGAUAUUCCAAAUUUUGGAAAACCUCCAAGUACGCAAUAUUCAAUAUUCAUGAAAAAUAUACCAUUACCUCUCUCGGAUAACGCAGUGAGAAGUUUAAUUGAACCUUAUGGUACGGUUAAAAAUGUCCUUCUUCGAAAAGUUCCGGUAAAAGAUGGUGCUUGGGCUCUUGUCACAAUGACCAACCAAGAAGCAGUUGAAAAAUCGAUUCAGGCCUUAAAUGCCAUUGAAAUUGAAGGAAAGAAAGUGUAUGUAACACGUGCUAUUCCCAGGGAAGAAAAAGACUAUGCUAAAUGGGAGUCUAAGGCACCUAGUAAAAAGCUCAAGCUUUUGAUUAGUGAUCUUGAUUUAGAAAAGCACAAAGAGGCAUUAGAAAAAUGGUGUUCUAACUGUGACUCAAUUAAGUCUGCUGAAUUUUUUUCUAAUUCACAAAAGGGAGAAGUACCUGUCAAUCAAAGACUUGGUGGCUAUGGGUAUAUUGAACUCAACAAUGAUGAUGAUGCAGAUAAAGUAAUUGAAAAACUAUCACUACUGAAAGUUUCAUGCUAUAAGAUCAGGAUUGACAUCCCACAAGAAGACACUGUACCUAAUAUUAAACGUUAUCCUUAUAUUUCAAAUCCGUCUAAAUCCAUGUUAAGCAGUAACUACAAACCAAAUGUAGUGUCUUUUUCCUAUGUCAAUCCGUCCAAUAUGUUUCAGAUCGCUUAUUUCCGGGAUACCGUUAAUCAUGAUAAAAUGGCGUAUUAUCGGCACCGUGAGAAUCAUAACAAGACAAAACUAAAGGAAAGAUACAGUGUAAACGAAAGCUGUGUAGAAAAAUUAACAGAAAAAAAAAUAGAAAUGUAUCACGUCAUGUGGGAAAUAUGUGUUAGGUUGAUUAUCUCUAAGGAACCAUUUUGGGAUGGCUCAGUAUUUACUCCUGGCAAUGAAAUUUUGAGUAAGUCUAGGGUUUCUUCUCUCACAGAUCACUUAAUCAAGUUUUUCUGGAAUAAUCAUUUUAGUGAAUUCUAUAAUUUUGUGAGGGAAAAUCAAUUUGAUGCGGGGAAUAACGUAAUACAUGUUGCAAAUCCUAUUCUCAUGUACCAAAUAAUCGAAAGUGCCAAAUAUCUUGGAAUAAUCCCUAAAUAA